ACGGUUAAAGUUUUUAUAUAGAACUUUUUUCGGCGACCAAACAUGUUAGAACAAAAUUAGCUGCAAUAAGCCAGAUGAAAACAGAAAACAAAUCUGAAAGCGUAGUACACGAGUUAAACUUGAUUGAGGCGCAGUUUAUAAAUUAAUAUACAAUGGUGCGAAGAAACACUCAAUUGGCAAUAUUAGCGUUCAUUCUUUUUGUAUGGGCUUAUAUUUUCUUAUUUUCCAAAGGCAGUGAAAACAAUUUGGAUACCAAUGAGCGGGAAACUUUUGACCGAUUCGGCACACCUCGUGAUAAUCAAAAUGAACUUGAUGAAGAAGGCCAACCUCAUGAUUAUCAAAAUGAACUUGACGAAGAAGGCGAAGAUGAAGACGAAGACGAUGAAGAAGACUAUUCGUUCCAGUACCCAGCUGACAAGAAGAGAAAGAAACGCUACCCCACCGUUCUAAUUAUAGGUUCCCAAAAGAGCGGAACUACUUCUCUUCGGCAGUUUCUCAAAUUCCACCCUGACAUUGUCGGACCCGAACGCGAGUUACACUACUUUGACAAAACAGCCAACGGCAGAAACUACGAAAAGUACUUGAAAAAAAUGCCCAAAUCAUACAGCAACCAGAUUACAAUUGAAAAAACGCCCAACUAUUUCACAGUACAAAAGUCACCAGGGCUAGUUCUGGAAUACCAGAAGUUCCUGGUUGUCGAACUGAAACUAAUUCUGAUAGUGCGAGACCCAAUUCGUAGAUCGAUUUCACACGCUUUUCAUUCAAAAGCACACGGUCGGACUGAGCUUAAAAAUCUGACCACGGAAAUUCUUGCUGAAAAGUCCAAAUAUAUAUAUAGCUCGCUUUUUGGCCAACAUUUCGAAAGAUGGCUGAAAUACUUCAGACGAGAUCAGUUUUUGGUUUUAGACGGAGAAAAGUUUGCAAAGGAAAAUCCUACAAGUGCUUUGAAAGAAGUUGAAAAUUUUCUGGGAAUUAAACACGCGUUUAAAGAAGAAGAUUUUGGUUUCAACGAUGACAAAGGGUUCUAUUGUUACAACCCCACAAAAUUCUGCUUUCCCAGCAAUAGAGGUCACGCUGCGUACCCUCAACAGUUGACACCCGCCGCUAAAACGAUCCUCAAAGGCAUAUUUGAGAAGGAUCUCGAAACAUUCUGGAGACUAGCAGGUGUAAAUUAUAACUGGACUUUGGGAGCCGAUGUUUAAUGCAAAUAAACAGCCCUGUGUUGUCCAUAAUAUUGUAAUUUUUGUUUUCAAAAGAUCAUAGCUUGGAAUUUAUUUUUA